CAUAGACAAUAAAGACUAGUUUUAAGAAUUAUUCCUUUUUAUUGCUUAAACUAAAGUAUAGAGCUGCUGUUGAAAUGCUGGAAUGGUGAACUUUUUAUACGCAAUACGCUAUAUUGGCUAAAAAUAGUCAGACUUCCUUUCCUCAGCACAAUCUUUAUUAGCUUUAUAAGAUAGGAAGGGAUUAUACAGUAGCGACUAGAUAAUAGACUAUAUCAGCCAUCAAAAAAUCACCUUGCUGCACUGUAUCUCAACACUUUCGAUUAUUAGGCGAUCUUUCAACCCGAAGAGCUUCCCAAAAUCACAAAACAGCUGGGUGUAGAUGGGUAACUGUGAAGAUCAAUAUUUAAGCUGUGAAUAAGUAGUGCACACUUGAUUAUCGAUCCGCCACAGAUCGCGCUAGAUUAAUGGAAAAAUUCCGAUUAUCAAUAGGGGACACUUGUGCCAGUUGUCUGACCGACAAUUCCAAGAUAAACACUGAGAAGGGGCGGAUGCAGGGGGCCUCGAGCAUUGUCAAGACCGAUUUUUCGUCUUUAUGGAACCGCUGUGGAUCCAACUGAAAGAUACAACCUGUAUCCCGCUUCCACACACGACACGCGUCGAGAUCUGGGCAAACAGCCUCCGGAGAUAAGAGCGCGUGACGCAGCCCCUUGGAUCAUCAGGUUCCGGCGGCGUGUCGUCCAACCCAUCAGUGCACGCACAGAUCUCACCCAGAAUGUCCACGCUCGAGAACGAGGUGACCUUCCGCAAGCAGGCGGAGGUUAAUCAGAACCUGGAGGCGCAGUUCGACAGCUCCUCCACGGACUUCAUUCUAAUCACCGACCAUCGCACCUCGAAGAGUAAGAGCUUGGAGCAGUUGGAGGCAUCCAAGGAGUCGGAAAACGCCGAGUCCUGCUGCUCCCGAUAUGCCCGGAAAAUCUUCCGGAAGAAGACUCUCCUGAAGCGUUUGCCCUUUCUCACCUGGCUGCCUCACUAUAACCGACAAGACUGUAUCGGCGAUUUGAUAGCCGGCUUCACCGUGGGUCUAACCGUAAUCCCCCAAGGAUUGGCCUAUUCUGGGGUGGUCGGUCUCCCACCGGAGUAUGGCCUGUAUGGAUCCUUCAUGGGCUGCUUCGUAUAUGUCCUUUUGGGAACCUGCAAGGACAGCACGAUUGGCAGCACGGCGGUGGCCUCACUCAUGACCUUCCAGUUCGCCCAAGGAUCCUGGCAGAGAUCCGUACUCCUGACCUUCCUGACCGGCAUUAUAGAGCUCCUGAUGGCCGUCUUCAAACUUGGAUGUUUGGUGGAGUUCGUUUCUGGACCGGUGAGCGCGGGAUUUACAAGUGCCGUUGCCUUGAUUGUGUCGACGUCCCAGAUGCGAUCGAUGCUGGGUGUCAAGAGUGAUGGUGGAUCCUUCUUGGCCACGUGGAUUAGCAUGUUCCGGGACAUCGAAAACGUGCGCGUAGCCGACACUUGCUUGGGCUUUGGAUGUGUUUUCCUGCUUCUGGCCAUGAGGAGUCUCGGAAAGUUCACCAUCGGUCCAAAGGACGAAUCGAGAAGGAACGGAUUCCAGCGAGUUGUGAACACGGUGAUCAAGUUCUUGUCCACCUCGAGGAAUGCCUCGGUGGUUAUUCUUUUUACCGCUGUUACCAUGUACCUGGAUGCCUAUGGAACGAAUCCUUUCAGACUAACUGGAAAUAUUCCUAAGGGAAUGCCCACUCCCUCACUUCCUCCGUUUUCCAUCAAACCGCAGCCCGGCAACGAAACAGCUGGAAUCCCUGCUGUUAAGGGACAGACUUUUCCUGAAAUGGUACAGAGCUUGGGAUAUGGACUAGUAAUCGUUCCCCUAAUGGCUCUACUGGAAACCAUGUCGGUUUGCAAGGCCUUCGCCAAGGGAAAACAGAUAGACAUCACCCAGGAAAUGAUCGCCUGUGGAGUCGGCAACAUUGCUACCUCCUUCUUCUCAGGAUACCGAUGCAAUGGAGGAUUGGCCCGGUCGGCGGUGAAUAAUGCCAGUGGCUGUCGCACGAAUAUGUCCAACCUGUACAUCGGUAUUAUCGUAGUGCUCGCUCUAAACUUCCUCACCGAAUACUUCGCCUUCAUUCCCAAGGCGGUGCUGGCAGCGAUUAUUAUAUCGGCAGUGAUCUUCCAGGUUCAGUACCAGGUCGUAACGCCCAUGUGGCGCAGCAAACGUUCCGAUCUAGUGCCCGGCAUCCUGGCCUUCAUCACCUGUUUGGUACUGCCCCUGGAAAUUGGCAUUAUGGUGGCCAUUGGUGUGAAUCUUCUCUUUAUCCUGUACUACGCAGCCAGGCCAAAGGUCACGCUGGAGCAACUGGAAACCCAACAAGGUAUCAGAUUCGUGAAGAUCACCCCCGACAGAUGUCUGAUCUUUCCUUCAGUGGAGUUUGUUCGGAAUAUGGUACUCAAGUUGGGCAGCAAAUCCACUUUGCCAGUGGUCAUCGAUUGCACCUAUAUCUAUGCUGCGGAUUUCACAGCCGCCAAAGUAAUAUCCUCCAUUGUGGACGACUUCCGCCGGCGUCAGCAAAAGAUCAUAUUCUUCAACUUGAAGCCCAGUGUAGUGAGUGUCUUCGAGGGAUUGAACACGAGGCUGGUGCUAUGCUACAACACCCAUGCCCUCAACCAGGAACUUCGGCCCGACGAGCCGGAACUUUCGAGGUCCGUGGACUCCCUCGACCACGCCGAGUCCGGAAACGGAACAAGUGAAUGCGUGAGCAUGGCCAGCACUCUUUCACUGGCUAGAAGUUAGUCUUACAACGCCCAAAUAAAAUUAGCUAAGUUAUAUCUGUACCAUUACGAAGAUUAAACUAGUAGUUUCCCUUGACUAAAGGAUUUGUUCUUACACUCCUGUACUUUUCUAUCAAGAAUAUACUAUUAAAUUUGUAUUA